AUGCACCAACUAAAGGCAGACGUAAAUCGCUGGAUAAUAAUCAACGAAUGUUUGAGGGAGGACAUUCGGAGAAAUCAACCGGAUCUGCGGAGCGUGUGGAACUGGAUUGUUCACGACAAUAAUGCCCUCUGUCACCGAGAUUUCAACAUGGUAUCGCUCCUGCACCCGUCAGAUUUAGCCGCUGCGGACCUUCAUCUCUUCCCCAAGAUGAAAAUGCAGCUGAAAGGUAACCGUUUGAACACCGUUGUCGAAAUCAAGAGCGAAUCGCAGAAGAUCCUUCACUCAUUUACGGAAAUCGACUUCAAGGUCGGGUCCCAAAAGUGGCGGGAACGCUAG